CUUAGUAGGAUCAUGGACACUAUUCUUUCGUUGGCACCCUUACUAAGUGAUUCCUCACACCAAACCUAUAACUAUGCGGUGUAUCAUGGAGGACUAGCUACAAGUGUCUCACACAGAGCUGUGACUAGGCACUGAAAUAUAGUUAAUGCGACUAAUAGAGGAGCCAGAAAUACUCGAUAUCUAUCUCAUGCUUUGUCUAUACAGGUUACCUCUGAGCCCUAAUUCUUUCAUGGCUAAAGCCCGGGGUCCCUCUACUUCAGAUUCAUAGAUAACUAUUUAUCCGCAUGCAGUCUCUCCGCACUUCGAUGUAACCCACAUGGUGAGACAUCGCGGUAUUGAGGUCUUUUUGUAUCCUGGACAGUUUGUCCGACAACGCCAUGGUUCACCUGGCAUUUUCAAACCAGUCUUUCAGUCUCCCGCGGACAAUGAAGGAUCGCCCAAAUAAUGAAGUCCAACAAGAGACCAAUGCUUGUACUCUUCUCUGUUUUUCUCUUUCUUGAUAUUGUAACAGAAUCGAGGAUUGUCUUGUGCCAUUCGAAGGGUAGAAGCAGCUCAAGCAAUAGUCAUAAGGGAGCAGGGCGACUUGACUGUAGUAGAUCGCGAUCAAAGGUUGUGAAGGUCAGAACUUGCGACGGUUGGAAUCGGGACAUGAAGGGGCAGCGUAUAACUAGUAGAGAUUCUUGGACGCUGAAUCAGUGCUGUCCCAGAAUGCGUACGUACUGGAUCAUGCCCGGCGAAACUAUUCUAUCCAGUCAGCCAGGCAAGAUCCAAUCGUUUAGGGCUAUCGGCAUUUAUCCAGGUUGGGGUGGAGACUCUCCACCUCUCCCCUCAUCCACCCCCCUGGUAGUAAAUCACCCCGAACAGGGCCCACCGAGGUAAUUCAGC